AUGGAUAUGGGUGGUCUGCAAAACAUUGUGGCCAACUCGGCUUAUGUGUCAGCCCGUGGUAGUGUCGAUGGCAUGGCGGCGUCGACCAUGCGUGACAAGAGGUUUCGUGCCAAGCUCAACCUCCCGCACAUCAAGAAGAGCGAGCACAUGAAGACCACAGUGGACUCCGGCUUCCACAGCAUGUGUGUCAAGCAGCCCAUUGGCAAGCGGCUCUUCCAGCAGUACCUGGAGCGUGAUGCAACCCACAAGAACGCCUGCGAACUCUGGAAGGACAUCGAGGAUUACAACAUCACCCAGGAGAAGUACCGGGUGCAGAAGGCCCAGAAGAUCAUCAACAAGUUCUACGAAUCCAAGUCCAAGAUCUUUUGCAGCUUCCUGGAGGAGAAGGCUGUGACACGCGUCAAGGAGGACCACAAGAGCAAGGAGAGUGAGCAGCAGCUUUUAAAGCACCUGGAGGCCAAGGCUAUGUCCGGCUUUAGGAACAGCAUGUACUUCCUGCGUUACAUCCAGUUCAAGUGGUUGGAAGCCCAGCCCAUUGAUGAGGACUGGUUAAUGGACUUCAGAGUGCUGGGGAAGGGAGGGUUUGGGGAGGUACACGCCUGCCAGAUGAAGGCCACAGGCAAGAUGCAUGCCAACAAAAAGCUGGGCAAAAAAAGGCUGAAGAAACAUAGAGGCUACGAGGUUUCACAUACUGUAUAUAAUGUGGACGAGAAGAACCCUGGUUUCGAUGAGACGAGAGCUUGUUUCUACUCAGCCCAGAUCAUCAUGGGUAUGGAGCAUCUUCACCAGCACAGGAUCAUCGACAGGGAUCUGAAACCAGAGAAUGUGCUGCUGGAUGAUGCAGGACAUGUGCGUCUGUCUGAUUCGGGUCUUGUUGUUGAGCUUCCGCCUGAAAAAGACAAAACCAAAGGAUAUGCAGGCACACGGUAUGAGAUGAUCCAGGCCAAGGGCCCCUUCAGAACCAGAGGAGAGAAGGUUGAAAACACUGAGGUGCAGCGGCGAAUCUUAAAUGAUGCAGUGGUGUUCACAGACAAGUUCAGCAAAGACGGCACGGCUAUCUGUGAAGGCCUGAUGGAAAAAGAUCCGGUAAAGCGUCUUGGCUUUAAGAACAACGAGUGUGCAGCGCUCAAGGCCCAGCCCUUCUUCAAAGAACUCAACUGGGGACAUCUGGAAGCAGGCAUGCUGCCUGCACCGUUCGCCCCGAACCCCAAGGCGGUGUAUGCCAAAGACAUCCACAAAGUGGGAGCCUUUAGCUCCAUCAAGGGGGUGGUCAUCGACGCCAAGGACAAUGAGUUCAAUGACGACUUCUCUUCUGGCAACGUGCCCAUCCCCUGGCAGGAGGAGAUGAUAGAGACAGGGGUGUUCGGAGAGCUCAACCUCUGGGCGCCAGGGGGCAAUCCGCCUGACGACCUGGACCCCAACAAAAUCCCAAUAGAGUCCAAGGGAGGGGCCUGUGUGCUGCUCUGA